AAAUCAACAAACAGGUAGCGGCCUCAACUUUCUGUUCCAUAUCGCAACCAUCGUUUAGCAUCAUCGAGGACGAGCUGUAGACCUCAUGGAGCUGCAGAGAGUCAUGCGCAUGAACAGCGGAGCCGGCGAAUCCAGCUACGCCAACAACUCCAAGAUCCAGGGCGUCAUCAUAUCGAGAACCAAGGACAUACGACGGGAAGCGGUGGUAGAAGCCUAUCUCUGCGCAGCUGCCUCCUCCGGGACCAUGAGCAUUGCCGACUUGGGCUGCUCCUCGGGUCCCAACGCGCUGCUGGUGGUUGCCGACAUCGUGGAGGCCAUCGAGAGAAGCUGCCUUCAGCUACAGUCCCCCCCGCCGGACUUCCACGUGCUCCUCAACGACCUAUACUGGAACGACUUCAACACCGUGUUCCGAUCGUUGCCCGAGUUCUACCGGGCGAGGGAGCGUUUCCCAGACUGCGGGCGGUGUUUCUUCUCGGCAGUGCCUGGGUCGUUCUACGGCCGGCUGUUCCCCGGAAAGAGCUUGCAUUUCGUGCAUUCCUCGUCGAGCCUUCACUGGCUGUCUCAGGUUCCCGAGGAACUCCAGAACGGAUCUCCCGUCUCGUGUCUGAACAAAGGGAAGGUGUACAUCUCCAAGACGAGUCCUUGGGCCGUCUUGAAUGCAUAUCUGAAGCAAUUCCGGAGAGAUCUCAGGCUAUUUCUCCGGUGUCGUUCCGAAGAAAUAGUCGGUGGAGGCCGCAUGGUGCUGGCGUUGAUGGACAGGAGAAGCCCAGACCUCGGGAUGCCGGAGGACUGCCACCUGUGGGAGCUCCUCGCGGAGGCACUCAAUGACAUGGCCUCGGAGGGCCUGGUUGCGACGGAGAAGAUAGACACCUUCAAUGCCCCCUUCUACGCUCCAUCCUUAGAGGAGCUGAAGCAGGUGGUCGAAGAAGAAGGGUCCUUCUCGAUCACAACCAUAGAACACUUCGAAGCGGGCUGGGACGCCGUGGCCGAUCACCAUUCCGGUGGUCAAGGCCAGCACGACACCAUUGACCGAGAGAACGGCGCGGUGCAUGAACGGAGAAAGAGCUACGCUCGACGCAUGGCCAUGGGAGUCAGGGCUGUGCUGGAAUCGAUGCUGAAGGGCCACUUCGGAGAGGGCAUUCUCGAUGAGCUCUUCUUCCGGUACGGCAAACUACUGGAGAGUUACUAUUCUGCAAACAAACCCGAGUUGGGCAACGUGGUGGUCGCCAUGGUAAGAAACUAAGUAAGCUCACUCCUCCUCAUCCUUCCUCUGCUCGGACCUCCUUUACCAGUCGUCGUGUGGCAUUCCUAUUGAGUGUGUAUCAGUAGUAUGUUUAGUUCAUUUACCUACUUGUCGGAUCGUUGUUGCAUGUUUGAUCUUUAUAUCCAUACCAUACGUGGAUAAUAUUCUCUCGGGUUAUGUGUGUAAGACAGACCACUAUAAUCAAGAUCAAUUAUUAUUUACUAGCUUC